UACUUAAUUAAUUUAACAGGUAUUAAGGCAAUGGAAUUAUACAGUUUAAGAUUGAAACGAUCUGUUCCCUACCCGAUUCGUUUUGCAUUUAAUAAAUAAAUAACGUACAAAUAAAAUUUAAAUUUUAUAAAACAACAACAACAACAACAACAACAACAAACAAAAUAACGUAAAAAAUUGUCAAUUAUGGAUCUCGAAAUAUUGGAUUUAACAAACGAAGAAGACUAUCCUGAAGAUCUCAUCGAGCAGACUAAACUGUUAACAAGUGCAUCAGACGAAAUUGAAAGCUUAAUUGGAAAUGUAAAUGACUUUUUCAAGGAAUUUUCCGAGUAUUCUAAAGUUAGAAAUAAUGAAGAAAAGAAAAUUCUUAAGGAAUUUGAGCGUUAUUGCAGCCACCUAAAUGAGUACAUUGAUCAUAUUCAUGUUGAAAUUACAGCACUUGUUGAUGUUUUAAAAGAAUCCGAAAAGCAGCAGCUAGAAAGUCAGAAGACGAUUAAUGAACUAAGACAUGAAGUUGAGCUCCAAAAGAAGCAGAAUGCAGAGAUGAAAGAAAAAUAUGAAGAACAGCUAAAGAUGACAAAUGAUAUUAAGGAACAACUUGAGAUCCAGAAGACAGAAAAUAGCGCUUUAAAGGAGAAAUAUGAUCAAUUAGAUGAAGAAACAAACGUUAGUCUUACAUACACAGCAGUAAUUGGAUCAGUUCUUUCAAAAAUGCUAUGGAAAACGUCAAAAAACCCGCAAGCAAUUCAAACAUACAUCGAAACUGGAUCUAUGAAUCAGUUCCUGAAUCUUGUGAACAAGACAAUAUCUUCAUUUGAUGAAACCUAUAAGGAUGGCUUGCCUGAUGUCGAUACAUACGAGUUUCAAUUCAUUCUAUCACUUCUUGGCAUAUGCAUCAAUAUUAUGGCACAAACUGUUGGACGUGAAUUCGUUCUUGAACGUGUCACAGGACAGAAUUUAUUUAGGAAUGUUAUAUCAUAUAUGGGAGGAAUUCCGAUGCCAAGUGUUGGAGGUCCUUUACUUAAACGUAUGAUAAUUAUGAUGCUUUAUAAUUUGACAUUUACAAAGCAAGGCAGUUUCUUGAUAGAAUCAUUAGAAAAUAGUGUCGAUAACAUCAUUAAUUGCUUUAAUGCACAUCAUACAGCUGAAAUUCAAUCAAUUGCUGUCUCAUUAAUUAGUCAACUGCUAAAAGAUUCACAAACAAAUGAUUUUUGUUUAAAAGUAAGACAAAAGGUAAGAAUCACUUAUUCUCUAUUGUUUUAUUAUCAGUUAAUAAUAUUUAAUCUCAAAAAAAUAGCUAUCACAAAAUGAAGAUGACUUUAAGAUGCUGAUGAACACUGCCGACAGUACAACUAAAGAAAUUUGUACUCAAUUAAUCAAUCAGAUUCGUGAAUUAAAUGAUGUUAUAUCAUUUGAUUAAAGUAAUCGUGGCUUGACUACCUUAACAAAUGGAGGAGGAAUCAAUUCAUACUUUUCUCUCAAGUACUCAUCGCCUUCAAUCAAUUUUUGACGUAGAACUUGUGGACUUAUUCGUGUUGAGAUCACUAAGUGGCGUGAAUCAUCCUUUCCAUAGCUUUUAGUACGAAGAUUUAACUUUGCUGCGAUUCUAUUAAUUAAAAGAAAUCAUUUUUAAUAUUUGUUGAGUUUUGAACUGAUUUAUGAAAGCUUAAUAAAGACAAUUAGUGGUC